AUGACAGACAUUGAUGACUGCCAGUCCAACCCCUGCCAGAACGGCGGCACCUGCAUAGACGAGAUCAACUCCUUCGUGUGCCUCUGCCUGCCAAGCUACGGCGGCGCCACGUGCGAGAGAGACACGGAGGGCUGUGACCACACCUGGAGGAAGUUCCACGGUCACUGCUACCGCUACUUCAGCCGGCGCCACACCUGGGAGGACGCGGAGAAGGACUGCCGCGAGCACAGCGGCCACCUGGCCAGCAUCCACAGCCUGCAGGAGCAGGACUUCAUCAACGGUCUGAGCCACGACAACACAUGGAUUGGCCUGAAUGAUCGCACAGUGGAGGAGGACUUUCAGUGGACAGACAACAUGGACUUGCAAUAUGAGAACUGGAGGGAGAACCAGCCAGACAACUUCUUUGCGGGUGGCGAGGACUGCGUGGUGAUGAUAGCCCACGAGAACGGCAAAUGGAACGACGUCCCCUGCAACUACAACCUGCCCUACGUCUGCAAGAAGGGAACAGUGCUUUGUGGGGCUCCGCCCCCUGCGGAGAACGCCUUCCUGAUUGGGCGCCAGCGGUCGCACUACGACAUCCACUCGGUGGUGCGCUACCAGUGCGCCGACGGCUUCCUGCAGCGCCACAUCCCCACGGCCAAGUGUCGCGCCAACGGCAAGUGGGACAAGCCCAAGAUCAUCUGCACCAAGUCUCGGGGGUCUCACCGUUACCGGCGCCACCGCCACAAGGGCCGGAGGCUACACCUGAGAAUCAAGCACCACGGCCACGGACAGGGGGGUCAACACCGAGACGGGGGUCACCGCGGAGACGGGGGUCACCGCAGGGUUCACCGCGAAAACCGGCGUCACCACCGAGAGGAUGAGGGUCAAAAGCACGGCCACUUCUAAACCCACUCCCCCCCCCCUCCCCACUCUGCUACCCUGGUCUACCCUCACUGCCCUUUGUGGUAUCCAUCCUCUAACCCCCCCCCCCCUCCGAUUCUUCAUCUCCUAGCUCCUAGCCCCUGGCUCCUAGCCUCUAGAUCCCUAGCCUCUAGCUCCUAGCCUAUCACUCCCUUUCCCCUAGCCCCUAGCCUUUCGGCCCAUAGUCCCAGCUCCCAUCCCCGUGCUCGCAGCCAUCCUCUCAUCCUAUCCCCGCUCCCUGGCUCCCUGAGGCGGGCUGCAUCGUACUCAAACCUGAGGCCUGAAGGCCCAUUGCUAGGCCUCACCGGGACAAUAACAAUCCCUUUGUACUGUAAUUAUUUUCUUUACUCCUUGAUGUUUUGUCAUCUUUCCCUGCCUCUCCCCCUCCUCUAGUAACUUUAAUUGAGUCAAUAAUGAUAUUGACUUUUAUCUUCUCAAUCUAAAUGAAGUUUUCAUUUUAUUUUUACAUACACAAUCUUGGAGGGAGAUGCUUUGGUACAAACUGUAAAUAGUGACAAUUUCAUUUAUGAUGCAAUAUCAAAAACAGAAGAGGCAAGAAAUGCACAGACUAGGCUUGAGUCUAUCAAUGUAAACAAACCGUACAGUAUUUUAAAGAUAUACAAAGUCACGGUGUGUUUCCUGCCUGUUCUGUUUUUGGUUUGCUCUUUGUAAGACAUUUUACCACACCUACAGCAAACAGAUAUUCUGAACAGAUCUUCAAAUGCUUUUCUUUUCAGACAGGUGGUUGUUCUGGAUGAUUCAAGCGAUUAAGGCUCUUGCUCUUUGUGAAAAUAAGCUGUUGUUUUUGUCUCGCUUCGAGCCCACAGAGAGACGUAUAUCGUCCAGUCAUCCGCAAACCAUGGAGGGCCUAACCUCAAACAGCGCCAUCUGCUGGAGAGUGGUGACAGUUGACAUUGUCAAAGGUUAACUGGGAAAAGGGCCUUUGGUCGGUCUCUCUAAUGGGCACAGAUCCUUUCUGUUCCAGACUCCUCCCUCACCCUCCAGCCUCAUGUCUACAUCUUUCCCCCCUCCAUCUUUGCCAUAUACAUGUUAUGUAUUCCACGUCCAGUUUAUUGAUGAUGAGGGUCCUCCUCUCUGGAAUCCCUCUCUAUUUCCACUCGAAAUUAGGCUGUCAGCCCUGUCAGAUAGAGAAAGAGAGAGAGAGAGACACAGAGAGAGAGACAGAGAGAGAG